CGCAGACACUGAGCAGAAGCGACAGCAGCAGAAGACAGAAGUAGAAGAGUCGGACGGUGAAGCACGAGCACCGAUUAAACCGGGGAUCUGGGGAAUUCAUUUUUACGCACGUGCCAUUCAGCGCGUUCAUCAAUGGGACGAUUUUGGUCCUCGGUGCUUUUCUUUUACCAAUUUCGGAGUUUUUAAUUUCUUUGUAUAAUCUGAUCUGAUUAAAAGGCGAAUGAAGUGACGGGUGGAUUUUACCUGCAAGUGCGACACCCGAGAGAGACAAUGCUGGCCAGGAUUGUGUUCAUUUGUUCCUUUUUAGCUUGUGCUAGUUUUCAGGAAGAUGAGAGCCCUAAGGUAUCAUUUGGAGGAGCUUGUGAAAUGUUGUGUGCCUGUGAGGAGAAAGAUGGCAUGUUGAACGUAAACUGUGAGGAAAGGAACAUAAACAAGAUCUCUCAAGUACAGGUACCUUCAGAUAGACCUUUCCAUUUGAAUCUAUACAAAAAUGAUAUUGUGGAGCUGCUCCCAGAGGAAAUGGAGUCUUUCAGGAAUGCAGUCACAUUACAUCUGGGUGGUAACAGCAUACAAGAGUUGGUGCCUGGGGUUUUUGCUGCACUAGGCUCCUUAAAGAAGUUGCACAUCAAUAGUAAUUUCCUGGUGAUGUUGAAGGAGGAUACUUUUCAUGGCUUGGUAAAUUUGGAAUACCUCCAGGCUGACACAAACUUUAUCCGAGUCGUGGAGCCUGGGGCUUUCAGCAAACUUGUCCGUCUCAAAGUCCUGAUCCUCAAUGACAACUCAAUUGACUUCCUUCCAAGCAACAUCUUCCGAUUCGUGCCUCUGACCCAUUUGGACCUACGUGGAAACAAGCUCCAGACCCUCCCUUAUGUGGGCUUUUUAGAGCACAUCGGACGCAUCAUUGAGCUUCUUCUAGAGGACAACAACUGGGUCUGUGACUGUCAGAACCUUCAUUUGAAAGUCUGGAUUGAGAACAUGCGAGCACAGUCGGCCAUUGGGGAAGUGGUUUGCAGCAGUCCUCAGCAUCUCAAGGGUAUCCCUCUGGCCAAAGUGAAACGGGACAUAUUGUGCCCCUCCCAUGCGGAUAUAACUUUUGAGGAGCCAUCCAAAUCUCUAGACAUGGUGGUCACCCCUUCCACAAAGGUGCUCCAAAUACCAGACUCAAGAAAUGAAGCAAAGAUCCCCACAUCUUCUCAUGUUCCAAAGACAUCCUGCGCAUCACAGUGUUCUUGUCAUAACCAUCCCAGCUCUGGGUUCCUAAUCCACUGUGAGGAUCGGGGCAUCCAAAGGAUAUCGGAUCUUGGAAUUUUUCAGCAAAGUCCGAGUAAGCUUGUUUUAUCUGGGAACAUGAUAGAGAGACUUCUAAAAUAUGAUUUUGUCACAUAUGACAGUUUGGAAGUGCUGAAUCUGGCAAACAACCAAAUAAACUAUAUAGACAAUGAAACUUUCCUAAGUUUAAGCAGUCUUAAAAAGUUGUAUCUAAAUGGCAACAGGAUAGAGAAGAUUACUGCAACUAUGUUUGUGGGCCUCCACAAUCUGGAGAACUUGUACUUGGAAUAUAAUGCGAUCAGAGAGAUUGAGGCAGGGUCAUUCAACCCUUUGACAAACCUAAAGCUCCUGUUUUUAAACAACAACCAGCUCAGUGCUCUACCAGCCCAGAUAUUUAGAAACGUGCCCUUGGCCAAGUUGAAUUUGCGAAACAACCUAUUCAUGCACCUGCAGGUCAGCAAUGUGUUGGAGCAGCUUGAGUUCCUGGAACAGAUUUACCUUGAGGAGAAUCCUUGGGACUGCACUUGUGAUCUAGUCAGCAUGAAGCAGUGGUUGGAGAAGCUGAGAAAAGAUACAGUAGUGGGAUCCAUCUUGUGCCAUAGUCCAAAAAAGGUGGUGAAUGCUGAGGUCAGGCACCUGAAGCAUGAUGUACUCUGCCCUGGUUUGGUCACCCUAAACUCCCUGCCUUCAAGUGAAUUUGGGGUUGUAACAACAGAAGCACCAGAUGAAGGUAUAAACAGCUUCUUCCAGUCCAUAACAGAUGCAGUUCCUCUUUCUGUCCUUAUACUCUGCCUUCUUAUUCUCUUCCUUACCAUCAUCUUCUGCUCUGCUGGCAUAAUUGUCUUUGUCUUGCAUCGCCGACGCAGUCAUUCCAAGAAAAAGCAAGCUGAGGAGCAGCCUCGUGAAAACAGCCCAAUCCACCUGCAUUAUAGCAUGUAUGGACAAAAAACAACUCAUCACUUGGCUGAGAGACAUGACACAAACAUGUAUGAUGAACCCUCCCGAAGUCCCAUUAUUCAGGUUUGCAGGAACCCCAGCUAUUGUUCACAGCACAAAGACUAUGACACAGAGGAUUAUGACACAGAAAAAUCAAAUCGUCUUUGCCACAGUAUCAUGGAUAAGGAGAAUGGCUCCCCCCUUACGGGGUCAAUGAAGUACAAAGCUGUGUCCCAUGAGUAUCCUGCUGAUUUUGUUUCUUUGGGUGACAAGGGAUCUUUGUACAAAAAUAUCCUGGAGCGGGACCGUGAACUCCAACAACUUAGCAUCACAGAAUAUCUCAGGAAAAGCAUCCCACAGCUACAAGACAUGCAAGUCCCUGGGCAUCAUCAAGAGCUCAAACUGAUGGAGACGCUUGUGUACACCAGGCCACGGAAGGUUAUGGUGGAGCAGACUAAAAACGAGUACUUUGAACUGAAAGCUAAUCUACACGCCGAACCGGAUUACUUGGAGGUACUCGAGCAUCAGACAACUUUUAACUGAGAUACAGCACACUGUAACACUUUAAUAGCAGACCUGCUUUGAGAGAUAAUACCCAAAGUGCCUUGAUGAUUUUUGAGCAGACAUAACAUGCAGCUACUGAUCUUUGUGAAUGUGGUCAUUUAGGGGAACGCAGAAAAAAUGUGUGUUGCUGAAGCGGAACCAAGACCAUGACCUACUUUGCAUAAUUUCACAUCAAAUGAGGUCAUCGUCUAUUCCGUUUUGUCUUGUCAAUUUGCCAUAAAUAUCAUGUGCCAUUGGCCAAAUGCAGCUACAGUCUAGUACUAUAGGACACAUUGGUUAACUUGUCACCUUGUACUCUCUUAAAAAUAUCCUUUAAAUAUUCUACAUAUGCCCCUUUUCCACCAAAAAGAACCGAGUGCUGGUUCAACGUUGGUUCCACUUUCGAACUUUCUAAGAACCAGGUUGCCUUUCCACCGGCUAGAGAGCCGUCACAGAGCCGAGUCUGACGUCACUGUAUACGUGUCACGUUUCCCAGCAACUUUAGCGCAGCAGCGACAAACACACAAAACACAUCAACAAUGGCGGAUGUUGCUUUACUGUUAAUGCUCAUGGCUUUGUGAACCUACAUUAGCAUCCAAACGCGGCGAAUCCAACGUGAACGUGCAGCUCCAUGUAAUCUGUAUAAACGGAGGUUGUUAUCGAGAAAGUACAUAACGUUAUUUUAUCAUUAACCCAGAAAAAAGUUAGCCUUAGCAUGUAGCUACCUACUAUUAUGUGUGCUGAUAAUUGAUCAUAUUGCGGUAAAGUAAAAGUGUAUUAAGCAUUAGUAUACUUAAGGUACAUUAUCUAUGCACUAACAGUAGCCCCACCCACAGCCCCGCCCCCAGCCCCUGACACAAGCGGUUCUUAAGUCUAUACCGGCAACGUUUUGGUGCUACUUAAGAACCACUUUUCCUGGUUCAGAGCCGGUGCUUUGGCUGUCGAAAAAGAAAGAACUGGUUCUAAAUUAGGCUCUAAACCAGCACUCAAACUGCCUCGGUGGAAAAGGGGCAAUAGAUUCCUACCACAUCACUCCAGUUUGAAACAAUGAUCAGGAUGAUUGUGAGUCUGAAUUGACAAAAUCAGUGUUUGUGACUACUUUUAAAUUUGCCCUAUGACCCAACCUGAUUCACAGUAUCUGGAAAGGCAAGAGGGGCAAUACAGUUUUGCAGCUGAUAAAGCCAGUGUCAAAGCACCAUAACUAUAGAGCCAUUGAACCAAGUUUACCAUUGGCUAUACCUGUCACACAUAGACACUUAAUUACCUAAGAAAAUGUCAAUCGUGUCUUUUUUUAUUUGUAUAGUACAAAUCACAAAUUAUUGGCAAAUACCUAGAUCCUACCUGGUGCUAUCCAUAUGGCUUUUUUUAGAACAGGGUUUUUAAAGUGGUUCUUAAUAGGAUCAUUUGAUAAUUUAAGGUUGUCAGUUUUAAGGGUUUUUUUUAUGUGUUGUAGGAUAUACAAUAUUUAUAGAGUGAAAUUCAGUUGUGGUGCAUGUCCGCUGGAUGUAACAGCCAUCCAUACCUGUGCAAAACAAUCUUAUCCCUCUUGCUUGCCUGGUUGCCAAAGUGAGCUAGGUCAGGACAAUUAGUUAAUUAACUAAAAUUAGUGCUCCCUAUUGAUGGGUCAAUAAUCUUUGUGAUCGGUAACAUCAGUAUACAGAUAUUCCUGGCACUUUGUGGUGGAAAAGUGCAAUUAAAGUCUAAAUCUCUUUGUCUUCCAUGCAGCGGCUGUUAAAGCCAUUAAAGUUUCUAACUGGCUGUUGGAGUGCUUUUGUUUGGUGGACUGGUUCUCAUUAAACACUGCUGUACCUUAACCUUAACUCGUACCAACACCGUAAUCCUAUGUUGUUUUUUAUGGGGUAGAAUGGUGCCAGUAUUUAGUGAAGAAGAAGAGAAGACGUGUGCAGAAGGUACACCUGAUAAAUUGUCAGCUCGGUCUUAUUUUUAUUAUGUCUGCUGUGCAUUUUUUCAUAAAGUUGUAUUUAUUUAUUCCUGACAUUGUUUCGGCAAAACAAAAAGCAAAGUUCUGUCCAUAACAUUUUAUCUGUUGCCUCUCAUCACAACCCCAGCAAUUACUGCAGUUCAGAAUUUUACAGAAAAACAAAAUAAAACAAAAUAAUUGCACUACUCAAAAUGCCAUUUAAGAGAUGGCACUUGACAAUCAAGUGUAGCUACCGGUGUGUAUGAGAUUGAUGUAUACAAGUUUUUUUUUUCUUUUGAAUUUCAUUACUCUACAUAAUAAAACAAAGUCUUUUGUCUCAGCAUGAUAAAUGAUUAUGCAGGGUGGUUUGAAAGGAUUUGCUGUAUGUAAGAGCACCAUAGCUUUAUUUUGUACUGAUGUAGAUCAGAGUUUAUUUAUUCUGUAUAUAUUUGUACAUAACGGAACGUUUCUAUGUAUGUGUGCCUUUCGAUGUUGUAAUGAUUGAUGUAAAUAAAAGUUACAGUAAAGUGUACAGUAAAAA